AGAGUUAUGACUCCCUACUCAAAAGAGUGACCUUCAUAUGAUUGGGUCUUUUUCGUAGUUCACUUUUUUUGGGUUCAUAUUCAUACACUAAAAAAACAAAACGCAAAAGCGUUCAACGAUUUCAUCGGCGCUAACUGCAGGGCGCUCCUCCCUCACAGCGUUCAACGAUUUCAUCGGCGCUCUACUCACCAAAAUUCUACAGGGAGAAUAUAUAUGUUGUGGCGCCUAUUUGCACUCGAUUCAAGCCGCAGUGUACACACAAAAAUUGCUUUUCAUCCGUUCAGAGCUCGUAGGGAGGAAUCUGAAAAUUUGGUGCGUUCUUCUUCUCUCUCAUCCUCCCGACUCUUCCGCGCGGCUAAACGCAGAAAGCUCCCACCCUCCAGCGUUCUUCUCCUUAAUUUAGCGUUUGAGAUCAAUUUUCCUCUUUUACCCAUGAAAAUUUUAGAGGGAAAUUUUACCGCGUAAUCUUAUAUGCUUCCCGAAUAAAGCCACGAUUUGGGGAUCACAAAAAUAGGGUUCUUGAGCAGCUCGAUGGAGGCCUCAGAUUCUUUGCAAAUGACUUUGCAUAACUACAUUCGUCGACAUGCUGGUAGCAAAGAUUAUGAUUUUUCAGAGUUUGAAGACAAAGAUGAUGAGUUCGAGGAAGAUUCAGAUGAUGAAGAAAGUUGUAGUAGUCAUCGAAGAGGAAGUAAUGAAUCCGCAAUGAAUUCACUCAAAGAUAAAAUAGCAGACAAUUUACUGAGAUAUAGAGUUAAUCUCUAAAUCUUUUUUAAGCAAAUUCAAUAACUAAUUAUUUCAAAAAUUAAAUAUGUUUAGUUUUUCUUACAUAAUGUUCAAUUCUUAUGGUCUUCUAAAGCAUGUAUUGUUUCGGUGUGCAAUAGUUCAUUGAAGUUACUUUUAGUUCAAUUUAUUUCAUACUUGCACUUAACUGUUUUUAAAAAAUAACUACAAUAACAACACUAUUUGACCCGAACUAGGUUGUAUG